GAUGUAGCCCUUGUGCCUCACUGGCCGCUGACACACUGGCCUGAUGACAGCACCCCUGUGUACGUUUCCGGUUCAGUUCCGGCAGCCCUCAGUCAGUGGCCUCUCACAGAUCACCAGCAGCCUGUAUGUCAGCAAUGGGGUGGCCGCCAACAACAAGCUCAUGCUCUCCAGCAACCAGAUCACCACGGUCAUCAACGUGUCGGUGGAAGUGGUAAAUACCUUAUACGAGGACAUCCAGUACGUACAGGUGCCUGUGGCCGACACACCCAUCUCGCGUCUCUGUGACUUCUUUGACCCCAUUGCUGACCACAUCCACAGUGUAGAGCUGAAGCAGGGCCGCACGCUGCUGCACUGCGCUGCUGGCGUGAGCCGCUCAGCUGCCCUCUGCCUGGCCUACCUCAUGAAGUACCAUGCCAUGUCCCUGCUGGACGCCCACACGUGGACCAAGUCAUGCCGGCCCAUCAUCCGACCCAACAAUGGCUUUUGGGAGCAGCUCAUCCACUAUGAAUUCCAGCUGUUUGGCAAGAAUACCGUGCACAUGGUCAGCUCCCCUAUGGGAGUGAUCCCUGACAUCUACGAGAAGGAGGUCCAUUUGAUGAUUCCACUGUGAGCCUGCCAGCACCCCCCGCACCCCCGCACCCAGGUCAGAGGUGCAGAUCUGCUGUUGACCCUCCACCAAGAUCUGAACUUAAAACGUUCCACUUUUGCUGAUACAGAAAAAACAGAUGAUGCCUUUUAUAAGGGUCAGAGAAAAAGGAAAGGUGCUGUAGCUUUUAACCUUAUUAUCCGUAUCUUAG